AUGGAUAAUCGAACACCACCACCCAUACAAAGAAAAAAUUCUAAAGCUCCAAAACGGCCUGGAAGGGGUGGUAGUUCACGAGGUGAGUUUAUGCAAGAUAUAUCGGAAGGUUCUGCAGCGGCUACACCAGUUCCAAGUUCCACACCCUCAACACCUCCUUUUUCACCGGAGCAAACUGAACGAUUUGAAGUUUAUAGACGUUCAGCAUUAAGUAAACCUAAUAUCAAAAAGCUUGUAAGUAGCAUUUUAGGAUAUUCUUGUUCAAAUAAUAUUUCAAUUGUAGUGGCAGGAUUUGCUAAAAUUUUUGUUGGAGAGAUCGUAGAGAAAGCAUUGGAUGUUAAAAGAGAGUGGGGGUCUGAAGGGCCAAUAUCACCUGAUCAUUUACGUGAAGCAUUUCGAAGAUAUAAACAAGAAAAAAAGUUAUCGUUUCAUGGUUAUCAAAGAAGAUUGCUUCUUCAUUAA